AGCAGGUUGCACUGCAGGAGCAUCAGGAGUAAUAAAGUGGAGGGUGGACGUGGCCCUCUCCUCUUUUCGCCUGCCUCCUCCGCAGUGCACUUGCAGUACUCCGGACAGGACGGUCUCCUGCACCUCCUCCUCCGGCUCGUCUUCACUCUAUGUGCUGGUGCGUUAGUGUGUAAGUAGUGGCGCUGCUGAGGAGGUGCACCUACACUUGCAACUGACUCCGGUCCAGAGGUCCCGGACAGACGCGCGAUGGUGCGGACUCAUUGAUAAAAUCCGUGCCGCUGGAAUUAAAAUGAGCACUUCUGCUGAGCGGCUCUCCUCAUACACAUAGCUCUGCUUUCUCUGCACAACACCUCUUUUAUGUGACUCCGGCUGACGAAUCAGGAUGACUUCUACCUUAUCGCUGGUCAUUUCAUGCGCUUUGGUGGCAGCGGUGCUGGCCUCCAAGACGGAGCGGGCUGUGCUUCUCUCCUGCGAAUCUCGCCAGUUCACCAGGAAUGGAGAAUGCUGCAUUGAGUGUCCACCUGGAGAGGGAGUGUUGAAGAAAUGCGGCGUUACUCAGACCGUCUGCACUCAGUGUUUGGACAGCGAGACCUUCUCUGAGAACUACAGUCAUACAGAGGAGUGCAAGACAUGCACUCAGUGCACCGGGUUGAUGCGGAUGGAGACGCCAUGCACCGACUCCAACGAUGCCAAAUGCAUUUGUAACUAUAACUAUUUCUUCAACACUGUAACUGGCCGUUGUGAGCAGUGUACGGUAUGCCCUUUGGGACAGGGCGUGUACUCCCACUGUGAUCACGAUCACGAUACGGUGUGUGAGGAAUGUGUCGACGAAACCUUCUCUGACGAGGAAAACUCCCUCGAACCCUGCCUGCCCUGCACCAUCUGUGAUGAAAACGAAACACAACAAGCUAAUUGCACGCCAACCAGUGACACUGUCUGCUACAAUCCUAGUUUACCUACCGAUGUCAUUCCUACCUCCGAUUUGGAUAUAUCUUCAUCCUCCCUCCCUGAUCCCUUCCUUCCUGAUGCCUCCUACAGCCCACUGCCAGGAGGAGAAACGACUACGUCCAGCGCCGGUUCUCCUCGCUUCCUCGGUCACGGCCUCAAUGAAAACCUCAUACCCAUCUACUGCUCUAUCCUGGCUGCCAUGGUGGUGGGUCUUGCCGCUUAUCUCAUCUUUAGGAGGUGGAAUAGCUGCAAACAGAACAAACAGGCAGCUAAUAACCGUGGAGCUACAAAUAACCAGAUGGUGACGCCGGAAGGAGAGAAGUUGCACAGUGACAGCGGGAUCUCAGUGGACAGUCAGAGUCUGCAGGAGCAGCAGCAGCAGCAGCAACAGCAGCAGGCCCAGGCUGAAGUCCAGCCUCAGCCUUCGCACUCUCAUACACAGGAACAGAUAGUGGUUAGGGUGGAUGGGGGUCCCCAGCCUGACUCGCCUCCCCCUGAAGUCUGAGGAGACGGAGGCCCAAGACAAGGAGAAGACAGUGGGGACUUAAACAGUGGACCAAAAGGAAGACAGGCGGCCACAGAAUGUAAAAACUGACUCUGAUUUAUAUCUGAAGCUGCCACAGAGCGACAUUUCGACUGAUAAGGACCUCCCAGCACCUUUGGGCCACACGCUGACUCUUCCUCCAUGCACAUACAGUGUGCCUGGACACAAUCUCUUUGGCAAUAUCAACCAAAAUCUGAACCCGUGUUACACAGAUAGGUAGAUAUUUGCCAGUGCAUCUUG